AUGGGCGACCUUGGCGACUUCAAUCCCAUUCGUUUCGAAGAAGGCGGCAUGGUGAUAGACAUACCCACGCUGAACCUCGACUCCCUGAAGAAGCCCGAAGCAACCAUCACCCCUCUGUACCCCGACCACAUUCCCACCCUCGAGACGCCCAACUUACAUCCGCACCAUGAUAAACACCUGCCGCGGGGCAUUGAGGAGACACCCGAGGAACAGCGGCGCCACUGGUUUGUGGGCAGUAUCGACCAGGGAACAACGUCAUCUCGGUUCCUAAUAUUCAACGGAGAAGGCGACCCAGUUGCCAGUCACCAACUCGAGUUCGAGAACCUGUAUCCUAAAUCCGGAUGGCACGAGCACGAACCGUUGGAGCUUCUCGCCUCCGUGGAGGAAUGCAUCGAUGAGGCGAUGCGCAAGUUUGUCGAUCUGGGGUACCGAAAAUCAGACAUUCGGUCCAUUGGCAUCACCAAUCAAAGAGAAACGACAGUAGUAUGGGACAACAACACCGGCGAGCCCCUUUACAACGCCAUUGUCUGGCCCGAUACCAGAACCAAAGAUCUGGUGAGGGACCUCAAGUCCCGUGACCAGGCCGACACAUUGACAGACCUUUGUGGUCUGCCGCUAUCAACAUAUCCCAGCAGUGUCAAGCUCAUGUGGCUCAUCGAAAACGUCGAGGCCGUAAAACAAGCCUAUGAGGAGGGUCGCCUCGCCUUUGGAACAGUCGACUCAUGGCUGAUAUAUAAGCUCAACGGCGGGGCCAAAGCGGCAAAGCCCAUCCAUGUCACCGAUAGCACAAAUGCUAGCAGAACCAUGUUUAUGAAUCUGCACACUCUCCAGUACGACGACAAUCUGCUCAAGUUCUUUGGUAUCGACAGAAGCAAGAUCCACCUUCCCAAGAUCGUUCCAUCAUCAGAUCCAUGUUGCUUUGGGAAAAUUGCCAAGGGCGCAUUGUCGGGAGUGCAGAUUGCCGGGUGCCUGGGAGACCAGUCUAGUGCGUUGGUCGGCCAGUGUGGUUUCAGUCCGGGUCAAGCCAAAAACACCUACGGCACCGGUUGCUUCUUACUCUACAACGUUGGUACCAAGCCGGUCAUUUCAAAAUAUGGUCUUUUGGCAACAGUCGCCUACGACUUUGGCGGUGGCCGCAAGCCCGUCUACGCCUUGGAGGGAAGCAUAGCCGUCGCCGGAUCCGGUGUCAAGUUCCUCAUGAACAACUUGGGAUUUGUUGACAAGUCAAGCGCCAUCACUGAGCUGGCCGAAUCAGUCGAGGAUAACGGCGGUGUUGUUUUUGUCACCGCUUUCAGUGGUCUGUUUGCCCCCUAUUGGAUUGAUGAUGCCAAGGGCACAAUUUUUGGCAUCACGCAACACACACAAAAAGGUCACAUUGCUCGGGCCACACUGGAAGCCACGUGUUUCCAGACGAAGGCCAUCUUGGACGCCAUGGAAAAGGACUCCAAUGCCAAACUCGAGUCUCUUGCGGUUGAUGGUGGCCUGUCAAACUCUGACCUCUGCAUGCAAACGCAGGCCGAUAUCACGGGCAUCCCGGUUGAUCGUCCAGGCAUGAGAGAGACGACAGCCUUGGGUGCAGCCAUUGCUGCUGGGCUGGCAACAGGUGUCUGGAAGGAGUUGAAUGACCUGAAGGAUGUGAAUCAGGCCGGUAGGAAGGUGUUCAAGCCGAAUAUGGAGAGGAAACAAGCAGAGAAGCUGUUCAAGAAGUGGGAGCAAGCUGUUGAGAUGAGCAGGGGGUGGGUUAAUGAGGUUGCCGAUGGUGAGGAGGAGUGAGUGGAAGGAUAUGAUGUUUCAAAAGGUGUUAUUGCAGGAGUUGGGGUUCGGAGGUCUCGUUGUUUCUUUCAAUUUGGGCGGCAUUCUGGGUUGGUGGAUCUAAGCGGCACGGCAUCAUGGUUUGUUUGGGUUUGGGUCGAUGUUUUCGACUCGAAAUGGAAUGGAAAGGGAGAGAAAGGGAUAUACUGAUCACGAUUGUGUGGAUACCCUUUGGCUUGGUGUGUAUUUUUAUGCGGUGGGGAGGUGGUUUUGUACGUACAUAACCUUACGGGAGUGGUGGGUUUGAAGGGAACUGGGUGUUUGAGAGAUAGUUCCAACGAAGAGUACUGCUUCGAUAAAUCAACUUUGGGGUUCGAUGCCUGAUGCUUAUCAGUGAGAGGGGCUGUCUCCUCCCAGCCGUCAAAACCUUAAGCCUUCCUAGG